GAUGCUGUAUCACCAAUGUCAUCGUCAGUCCACCACCGACUGUCUCUCAUUUUCCGUCCGUGUGUAUACAUUUCACGACGUAUCUUGGGGGUCUGUAGGUAGUGUGCCUCCCUUGGGUACUUCCAGAGUACUCUACAGUACGACUACUUAUUCAUGGAGUUCGAUAUAUGUAGGUGGUGCAGAUCUUUCCCUACAUGACGCCACUAGCACAGGGUCGGGUCAUAGUGAGAGAAACAAGAGGCUUCACAGCGAGCUUCAAUGGAAGCCCCUUUCGAUCUUCCGCUUCUUCUGAAUUGAGACUGAACUCUCGGGACUCAGCCGAACCACAUUCCUCACCUGAUAGCUCCUUUCAUGGCGAACUUAUGGACGGAGUUUUCCAUAUGACGCGGCCAUUGGUCCCCGGAGUCUACGUACCAACUAUGUGUUUCUUUGAUCAGGAAACUGAAGAUGUUGAUGUUGGCGCUAUUGUUCACCAUGCAGUUCGGCUUGCCAAGGCUGGAGUGACGGGCAUCGCAACUCAAGGCUCAAACGGUGAAGCUGUUCACCUUACACAUGAUGAGCGCAAUCUGGUCACAUUCACCACUCGCACUGCAUUAAACGAAGCCGGGUUCAUCCGUGUACCGGUUAUCGUUGGCUGUGGAGCUCAAAGUACUCGUGAGACUAUCCAGUACUGUGUUGAGGCGUGGAAAGCAGGGGGCGACUAUGCCCUCGUAUUGCCUCCCUCAUACUACGCGUCCUUAUUUGCACCCUCGUCCCAAACAAUUGAGGAUUUUUUCACGACGGUUGCUGACGCGUCCCCGAUACCCCUUAUCAUAUACAACUUUCCUGGCGCUGUAAAUGGCAUGGAUUUAACGUCGGAUACAGUUAUCAAAUUAGCACAACAUCCAAAUAUUGUCGGCGUCAAGUUCACGUGCGGCAACACCGGGAAGCUAAACCGUGUAGCAGCCGCCAUGCGGAAGCAGUCUGAAAACUAUAACCCGGAAAGGCCGGAGUUCUUGGUUUUGGCAGGCUCAGCCGAUUUCUCUCUCCAGUCAUUGAUCGCAGGAGGACACGGCAUAUUAGCAGGGCUUGGAAACAUCGCACCAAGAUCCUGCAUCAAGACUAUUGAGCUGUAUAACUCUGGUAAUUACCUUGAGGCCCAAGAAAUGCAGGAAAUAGUGUCACAAGGUGACUGGACAGCCAUUCAGGGUGGCGUGGUAGGUGUUAAGGCUGGCCUUCAGGCGUGGAUGGGCUACGGCGGCUACGCACGAAGUCCUCUUCCCAAGCCAUCUGCCGAAGAAAUGAAAGCGUGGAAAGAGGGGUUCAGAGCACUGGUGUUGCUAGAAAAGUCCUUGUGAGAGGCUCCUAACAUUCAAAGACCAAGGCAUGCGAAAGACGCAGCUAUAAGCACCAUACUCCGAUCGUUAAACCUUUUCACACCUUUGAGAAGACUUGCAGCAACCGCUCUUGGGUGUCGAGAAAGGCCCCUCCUUGAGGCUAUGUGGAUUUUAUGCAGUACAGAAUUUAUGAACACGAUAAGGCGUUUAGGGGGGUGGAUGGUAAGGGAUUCCGUUGUUCGUCAUACCUGACGCCCGUUGGUAGUGAUAGGGGGCACUGUAUGAUCAUACAUCGCCCUCUGUCCCCUUUCACCUUUCGCGCCAGGCCUUAUUUUCUAACGAACCAUCGGGGGCUUUUGAUUAUACCUAAGUAACACUUGAUGCAAACCUAUCUAGCUCAAAAGGGCAUGACAUUUCGGCUACUUAGGUGCCGUAUAUAUUGCCCAGAAAUUUAAACACAAUCUACUCAUUUACACACACGCACACACACCUAUCUAAUAUUUGCAGCUAUUUGCAAUUAGGGC